AUGGCGGAGGCCCACGUCACCAACGCCCCCGGCGCCCACACGGCCACACGACUCUUACGGACGAGAAGGGUAGGAGCCAAACUCAAGAUCGGACAACUACACCACCCCGGCGACUGCGAACCCUUUGAAGUACCAAUACGGCUAUCUCGGAACAAGGACGCGCUCCAGGCGCUGGUGGACACUGGAGCCACCGGAUAUGGGUUCAUUGACGCUUCCUUCGCAAAGGCCCGCGGAUAUCCCCUCGAAGAACUCGCGACCCCAAGACAUUUGCAAGUGAUCGAUGGACGAGCCAUCGCCUCCGGAGCCAUCACCCACUGUUGCAAACUCCGCCUCGAGAUGGAUGAUCAUGUGGAAGGGGCCUCCUUGUUUGUCACCAAGCUCGGCGACGUGAAAGUGGUCCUCGGACUCCCCUGGCUACAACACCACGCUGCCGAAAUACGGUUCGCCGACCGAUCCAUCUCCUUCCACGCCGAACGCUGCCAACAGCACACUGCAACUCGCUGGACCUCCUCCCUCACCUGUCCCCCCUUGACCGCCUCCGCCGCCACCCUGCCGCCCCCGCCAAUACCCCCGAGAGCAAGCACCGCCAUCCCCUCGCGCCCGCCGCCGAUACCCCCAAGGCCAGCCACCCCCGCCGCACGAUUACCUUGUCCGCCGCCCGAUUCCGCAGAGAAGCACAACAACCGGACAACCAGCUUUUCCUCCUCGCAGCCCGAGCCCCAAGCCCAAACUCAUCGCCGUCCCAAUCAACCGAUGAACUGGUCCCUGCCGCUUACCACCAAUACCUCCACCUGUUCCAGGAAUCCGAGGCCCAAGCGCUCCCAACCCACCGGUACAUCGAUCACGAAAUCCCGUUGA